ACAGCCAGAAAAGUAACUCCAACCUUACUUUUUCUGCUUAUUGCACAAUUCAGCGCGCGAAAGCAAAAAUUACGCGUUUGGUGAAAAAGUUGGCUGAUAAACCUGAUAAGCCGAGAAACAUUGUUACCAAACGGCCUCUAUGCUUAAUUCACUUUCCUUAUUUUUCAUUUUUCUAGUGUAAUAAAUAUUUGAAAUGUCCGAAUAAUGACCCACGUAUGAGUCAUAGACUUUUGGAUUCCAAAUACAAGACCCUUUUAAUAUUUUACAAAAAUAUGACGUGGCCGUGACGCUCCAUUGCCUCCCCACGACACCAUACAAUUUUGUCGACUUCAUCAGGCCUCCACCGGUCAAGUACUAUUCCUUCCGCAUCCCGCCACAUCCCGCCGCAGCCACAUCCAUCUAGAGCAGCCUGCGACUACACCAAUUCCUUUUGGAAUGGCGAGCGCGGCGCUGAUUUCUGCAAAAGACGUCUAGCCAUAUCUGUCAUCCUCGAUGGACAACGACUCUGAUUUGGGGCCGCCGGUGCCGGAUCUCUAACGUCAACGUGCAACGACUCGGAUUUGGGGUUCCUGAUGUCGGAUCCGCCGUUGUCAAUUUCGAAAUAGGGCCUCAGCGAAGGACAUGAGGUGGGGCUGGGAAUAGGGAGUGGGGUGUGACCGGUGGGGGCUUGGGAGUUGGUGCGUAGGGCUACGAGCAAGCUGGUAAGGCUGGGGAUAGGGAGUGCGGGUGGCCGGUGGAGGCUUGGGAGCUGGUGUGUAGGGCUAAGGGACAUGCUGGUAGGGUUGGUGGGCAGUGACGGGUCUGAUUUGCAGGGUUGGGGUAGGGGUGGUGAUGGCUUGGGAGGGGGGCCACGACCAGGACAUGGGCGGUGUUUAUGGAAGAACAUGGGUGGCGGUGGUGUGGCAUCACUAUGGUGGUGGCAGUGCCACUGAUGGUGGUGUUGUCACUAUAAUAGGGCUGGCAAUGACUGGGGGUGUAGUUGGGCGUGGGCGACAUGCACUGCCCGGUGGGGCGACACCAACUGGGGGCAAGCCUCAGUCACUGGCCAUAGGGCGAUGACUGUCAUUAAUCCGGGCGGCGGCAGUCACUAAUCCGAGCGGCGGCAGUCAUUAAUUCGUGCGAUGGGAAAGUCAAUACAUAGUUGGUAAUUUGGUCACUGUGCCCGGAGUCACUAUGGCCGAACGCACUUUGUCAUUGCAGGUUAUAAUUGUGAAGUUGGUGACAUUUUUGAAAAUAUAAAAAAGAUGUCACUUGUUUGUCUUUUAUCUUCAUUUUUGUAAUAUCGAGGACAAAGGGCUAAAAUGUCUAGACUUAACAUCAAGAAGAUAAUGUUUCUAGUUUUGGUAUCUAGAUUCCCCAAUUGGCAGGAUCAUAAAUAUUCAAUAAAGUAAACAUGACGAAUGAGACUUAACGAUCAUAAAUAUGGUUGUUUUUGAAUAAGAAAAAAGUAAACGAAUGAUAGUCACCUUUCAAAAAAGGUAGAUUCAAAAAAGGUACCAUCGCCAUCUGAGGAUGAACGUCCCCAGCACCUUCAACUUCAGACCAGCUUCAAAGCUUGGUCCUCUAAAUGAUGAACGACUUAAGUACCAUCAUCAUCUGGGGACGAACAUCCCCAACACCUUCAACUUCAGACCAGCUUCAAAGCUUGGUCCUCUAUAUGAUGAACGAGUUCAUCAGCUUGACAAAGCUUGGUCAGCGCUGUUGUCAUCUGGGGAUGAGCAUCCCCAACGCCAUCCUUCAACUUCAAGGCAGCGUCAAAGAUUGGUUCUUUAUAUGACGAACAGCUUCAUCAGUGCCGUCGUCAUCAGGAGACGAACGUCCUCAAACGCCGUCCUUCAUUUUCAGGCAGGCGCCAAUACACAGUCCUUCAUCAAAGCACGAACGUCUUCACAAAAAUCAAAUGUACAAUUUUUGUGACAAAUAAAUUAUGAUGGAAAUUGAAAAUGCAAUAAGGUAAAUUUUAUUUAUCUUAAAAGGAUAUUCAAAUCCUACCAGUAUAAAUUUAUUUGACACAAAAAUUAAUCUCAUCACAAAAAUGUUCAUAUACAUUGGAUGUGUAUGAUUGAAGACAAAAUUUGAUAGGCAUUUAAUGCUAAAACGUACAUGGGGCCUCGAGCAUGGGACACAUAUAACGAAUCACCAAAUUGAUCCUGAUGUGAUCUUUUAGCGGCUCAUCAGUGAAGACAAAGGAAAUCACAAAUAUCUGCUCCAGCACAAGAAGACAAAGGUCAAAACGUUCAACGUCAGAGAUUGACUCAUCUUAACCAAUGGAUGAGAUCAAUCAAACUGGAGAAGCCUAUAAAUAUGGGCAGAAGCAUGAGUUCUAAGGUAAGUUUUUGAGUCUUCUAAGUAGAGAAAAUCUUACUGAGCAUUCAAGAGAUAUCUAGCAAAAGAGAAAGUGCAUGUUUAACUUUGCUCUCUACUUAGACUUAUGCUUCACUAAACUUCCAAGUUAGAGCUUUUCAUUGCUAGAUUCUGGAAGUUUAGUUUUUAGUUGGAAUUGUAUUUUCUUGUGGUUAUCAUAAAUUGUUGUAAACACUUAGGAGCACAGUUGUUCAAGUCCUAAGUGUGGUUAGAUAGGAUAGAGUACCUUUUGAUCCCCACUGGAUCAAUCGAGAAAAACCUAAGGACUAAGUACCUUGGAGUGGUGUGUACUCUUUGUGAAACACCUUCAAGCUAGGUCGCUUUUGUGGUGUGUUUGGGCUUCAUACUUUAGUGAAAAUCCAUCUGAAAGAGUGGGACUGGACGUAGGAGGAUUACACCACCUCUGAACAUGGAUACAUAGUGUGUUGAUUUACUUUCAGUUAACAAAGCACACACCAAACUCUUCUUAUUGAGAGAAAGCAAUUCAUUAACAGUAGCCUCAGCAGUUGCCUCAUCUUAGCUUGCUGCUCGACCCACUGCCCAUCUCUACUUUCUUUGAGACAUCUCAACAUCACAAGAGCCUUACAAGAUCAUUACAAAAAGGCUUGUGCAAUCAGAUUUCUGAAAAUCAUCCUUUAAAUUGUGAUAUUGUAAAGGGGACGAACGGCCUUAGGGCCUAACCUGCAGGUGCAGUCUGAAGGUGGACGAACGCCCCCGGGAGGAUUAAAUCAGUUCAACCCGUAGGUGUGAAGGUGGACGAACGUCCCCAGCAGGUGCCUCAGCAGGCGCCUCAGCAGGUGCCUCACCAGUUCCCUGGUCAGACACUGCUCUCAUUACUCAACUGCUCUCAUAAACCUUCACUUCAACUCAGCUCAGCACAUUUCCAGAAAGCUCUCAUCAUUCUGAGUAAGAUUCUAUAAUUAGCUUCUCAUACUUUCAUCUUUCCUUAGCAGCUGACUCAGCAGUUGCCUGCAGUCCACUCAGCCACCCAGUCAACUGCUCACUUAAAUAAGUCCAAAACUCCACUCAAACAUAGAAAGUUAUUAUACACUGUUUAUUUAGAGGUCAAGACUUCCGUUGCGUAUCUAUAAUCUCCCAAAAGAUCAUAGAUCAUCACAUCUAGUAGGGAAAAGUUUUUAAAGUUGAAAAAGCUUUAAAAGUCUAUUCACCCCCCCUCCCCUAGACUUUUACCUCUAUCUGAGACUAUCAUUAUACAUUUCAUAAGAUGCGCAAAACUACUCUUUGGAACUUGGAAAGGAAUUUUAAAUGAUGGAAAACUAUCAAUCUAGGACCUAAUAUUUCAUAGGUUUUGAUUUAUUUAAUUUUUUAUUAAUUACAUUGCUAGCUUUUGAUAAACUUGUCUUUACAAAAGUUUAUUAGUUCAAUAAAACUAAGAGAGAUUUGCCUAAAUAGGACUAAAAGAAGUUAGAAUUGCAAAAAUAUGACUCCUAUAUUUGACAAAAAUAGGACUAAAAAGAGGUAAUCUGACAAAACUACCCUUAAUUAAAAAAGAGACCCACAUCACCGAUGCAUAACUGUUGCGAUCCUUCCUCCCAUGGACGGCAACAUUGAAUCUCCAUAGUAGAACUCAUCACCAUCGUCGAUUGUGGCCUUGCACCGCAGUCCGUCUGUUGUAGCCAUGUCGUAGCCCUGCACUCAUCAGCGACAAGAUCCAAAUUAAUAAAAAUCCAAAAAAUCCAAAGAAGAAGAGAACAGAGGGACACGUGUAAAGCUACUCUAACAAACUACCAGACUGAAUGAACCGGGAGCAGCCACGUGGAAAGCUGAUUGGAGAGAGAACUUCUGAUAGCUUGGUUGAUUGGUUUAUUCUUCGUAACAGAAUUCCUGCCAGAGAUCUCGUGUAGUCGUGUGCAGACAAUCUGGCGUAUUCCACCAGUGCGGAGAGUGAUGUGGCGAUGUUUCCUCACGACUUAAGCCCUUGCGGAUUUCGCCUAAGUACAGGGUGGUUUCCCCCGACCUCGAGGGUUACUGAGGUCGCUAUCUUGGGGCUCGGGCCCAUGUUGAGAGGACUCGUUUUGCUGUCUCCCGUCCUCGCUCUGGAGGUGACUUGGUCGCCUGGUGCUUUGAUUGGUGUUGACCUGGAGCAAGACUUCUGAGGUCAGAUUUGAUGCUGACCUCGAAUGUCCCGAGGUCGGGCUCAUGGAUCACUGAGUUUGGUUGGCUCCUGAGCUCGAUGUUUCCCGACUUCGAGGUCGGGGUCGGGGUCGGUGGACCCUGUUAUCUGCUGAGUUUACUUGAUUCCUGAGCCUGAUGUUUCCCGACCUUGGCGGUCGGGGUCGGAUCCAGGUGCGGACUUAGUAUUUUCUUGCCCCCGAUGACCCGCAAGGCUUUCUGCCAGCGAUCGCGGUACCCCUAGGGUGUACGGGGAUAUACUCCAUCAGUGUUAAAUCAUCCAGAUCCUAUAAUGAUAGUUUAUCUAUCUUUCGGGCCCUGAAUUGAUAAACUUAUUGACUCUUCUUCAACCACUACCUCCUAAUCGUUGUUUUAAUAUAAUUUAAAAACUUACUGACUCUUCUUCAACCACCACCUCCUAAUCGUUUGAUUGUUUGUGGGUCGCACAUUCAUUCUGCUCCAAUUUGCCGAAUGAUAAUUGAAUUAUGCCCUACUUCACAUAGUCUAUCCCGCCCAUGCCAUAUUGCCAUCUGCUUAAAAUAACUCCCUAGCCUCGUUUUGUCCCAAAUAAAAGUGCGAUUACAAAUUGCGCCAAGGAAGGUACGAGUAUAUCGUAAGUUUUUUACCACUUUCAAAUAUACAAUCAUCAGCAUCACCCAAUUUCCAUAUCAAAUAUUCAGUGAACACGAAACUGGGGAAAUUAGUGAAUGGUACAAUUAUGAUCGAAUUAUCACAUGUUACUCUAGUCCGUAAAAGAUGAUGUUGUAGGUACGCUUUAUGUGCAAAAAGUUGUCUCCUUUUGUUCCUAUUCGCCCAUUCAUUUUUUCUUUUUGAUUUUAUUAAUGUCUCCUUUCUUUUCUUCUCCAGUGCUUAUGUUGUUCGUGUUUAAAUUAUUCUCAAUUUCAUCUUCUUCCUCAUUUGGUAGUUUACACGAUAAAUUGUUGCACGCAAAAUGAUUCCAUUCAAACUCUAAGUAAGCAAUCACUUUUGUAUGUAAAAUACAUUACAUUUUUUGGCUACUAAUUGCAGUGUUUUAUAAAAAAUAUGCAAAGUAUUUUAUCGCGAUCCUCCCGUAAAAUAUUUCGUAUCAGCGUGAAAUGUUUUUUUUAAAUAGAAAUUGCUCUAAAUAGGAGUAAAAAUGUUUUAAAAUUCCAAAAUAUGAGUAUCAUGUUUUUUAUUCCCGGAAUAGAAGUAAUCUGCCAAAUUUGGGAAAAAAUGCCAUGUUUUAAAGCCUAGUAAUGUCAAACUUGGCAGAAAUUUACUCCUAUUCAAGGAAUAAAAAACAUGAUACUCCUAUUUUGGAAUUUAAAAACUUUUUUACUCUUAUUUAGGGAAUUCUCUCUUUUUUAAAUUAUUCUACAACUUAAAUUAAAUAGUCAAGCCAAAUUGUAUAACCCUUUAAUUAAUGUCCAUACACUUCGCAUGCAGAAUAAUUAUCUUACAUCUAGAAAACGCUCUCUAAAAUUGGAUAUUUAAUAAUCCCAAAAAAAUUAUGUCAAGUUUCAAAAACAAAAUAAAAUAAAUUAAAAAUAGUUAUUCCCUCCGUCUCAUUUUGAUGUUCUCGUUGCGGUUUACGAUGUUUGAUUGAUGAUAAAACAAACAGAUCUUUGUCCACACUCAAAUUAUGUGUUGCAAACAAAAUUUACAUAUUUAGAAACUACAUUAAAAGUCGCAAAAGAGAAAAACAAAUUUGAUAAAAGUUUGAUAUGUAAAAAAGAUUAAAAGUGAUUUAGGUCGACGAAGUAAAUAUAGUAACAAAAAACAUUAAAUUGGUACUAUAAUCCUACUGAAUCCAUAGGAUAGAUGAGAGUCAUCACACAAAUCAAUAUACUGUAAAAUGGACCAAUUAAAAUAAGACAAAAUGUAUAUAACCUUAACCCAUUGCGUACAGUGAAAUGCAGCAAAUGUUGUUAUCCAGUUUCUUUCAAGCUAUCCGAUAAAAGCAAUUUUCAAUUUUAAAAGCUACCACUUUCGAUAUUUUUAUAUGCCUAAUAUAGAAAUAUGUGAAAUCUAUCUCUGGUUACCCGUAAAUUAAUUCAAUUUUGUUAUAGGUACCUUACCCCAUUUGUACUCCAUAUAAAUAUCCACCCCACUUUUCUUUUCCCUCUUCCUCUCUCCUACACCCCACCUCUCUUCCUCCCUCCCUCUCCUCUUUUCACGCACCCCUUUCCUUCCACUUUCUUCUCCAUCACAAAAUCUUUCCCUUUCCGUAAGACUUCCCAUUUUUACCAUCUUUCUCUCUUCUAAUCUUGGAUCUUCUCUUGCUUAUAUCCUCUUCCACCGGUGAUGUUGCCAACGGCGGGCCUACGCCGCUUGCCAACGGCGGGCCUACGGUGGUUGCCAUUUUGGAUGCAACCUCAAGGGAAGACAACGACGAAGGCAGACCAAGAAGCAUUGAAUAACUUGAGCAGCGGAUCUUCUUUUCUUGAUUUUGUUUUCUUCAUUUUUGUUGUAUUUUCGAAAUAUAAAGGGUUGUCUGUUGAUAGGCUCGUUCCGUCCCUAUCUUUUCACCCAUAUUUUAGGUGUUAAUUUUCUAAUUUUUAUAAUUAAUCGGGUGACUAUUGGGGGGUUUUGAAUGAAAAUUUGUAAUAUUUCGGUCCCGGUGCCAUUCAUUUUCAGUGUAGUAUUUUUCUACGCAGUUUGACAUUUUUUGAGUAAUUUGAUUGUAAAUUACAUAUUUUUAGCGGAUGUGGUGAGUUGUGAUUAUAAAGGCUGAGUUUUACGGUGACUAACAUGUUAUGUUUGGCCCGGACAUUUUGAGAAUCGUGUUAAGAUUAAUUUGGCACAACAGCCCAACAAAAAAAAAGAAGAAGAGCAUUCAUCUGAAGCAGCCCAAAAAGUCCAGCAAGAGUAAGGUUUUCUCAUCCUGAGUUAACCCUAGCCGCACUAGUUCGUGUCUUUCCACUGUUCACACUUAGCCGCAUGGAUUUUUUUCCAUUCCUUCAGCUCUUUGACAAUCAGCAGCACCUACGAGUUCAUGUUUUUUUUCUUUCACUGCCCAACACAAAAGCAGUCGCAUGGAUUUCAUUCGUAACAGCCGUAGGUAGAAGAUAGCCACACAUGCAUUUUAGUCCUUCUCUUCAUUCAGCCGCAACAGCAACUAGAUCAAGCAGCAAUUUUCCUUUUCUUCUCUCGUAGAAGAGCCGCAGCACUAAGAAAAGACUCCGGAAAUGCAUAAGCUUCAGUUUCUUCAAUUUCUUUCAAUUCAAUUUAGCUUUUGAGCAAGCAUUGUAUGUGUUAGAAGUUUUUACAUUACUAGUUCUAUACUUUGGAUUGAAUUUCGAAUCUAUCUGUCUCAAACUAGUAAUUUUUCCAUUAAAUACUCAUAUUUCAGUUUUUAUUUCUAGCUCGG